ACAAGUCGCUCCUUGUUUACAAUGCGAAUCCCAUGAUUACACGUAUAAAGGACAAAAGGCAAACUAAUCACAAUUCGUACAUAAACGCAUCUCGCAGUUAUAGGACUAUUGGAGAUUAAAAGGAUUCCGAACUCCCAGCAGUUUUAAUAACAGGCGUCCAGAGAGAGGGAAAAGGAGAGGGUGCGUACCGAGAGCCCAGGCGCUGCCAUGCUCUCAAACUCAAGCUGAGGGGAAAGCAAACACCCCAAGCCCCCACCAGGACAGAGGGGGCACCCUCCCCCAGUGCGAUGGCUCUGCUAGAAUCCAACAUUCUAUCAUUUGGGAUUCUGCUGCUGCGGAGUGAGUAACUGCUAUUGCUGCCGCUGUUGCUGUUGCUGAUUCAAACACGGUGCCAAUUGCUAGUGGAUUUGGUUGUGCACAUUGCGGGGGAAGUGCCUUUUUGGGGGGUUGUAUUUACUUUUGUUUCUUAAUCAAAGAUCCAGGAAGAGGCGAGAUGACAAAGGAAAUGUGAUCCCAUUCGUUGCAGAGGCUCGCGAGAACCAGAGAGGAGGAUGGGAGUCUCGCACAGCUUUGCACAGCGGCUCUGCGAGUCUAGAGGGGAGACCGCGGACUGGAGCCAGCCGGUCUGGGGCUGACCCGGAGCGGGAGCAGCGCAGGGCCUAGGGGGCGGCGGGCGAGCAGCGGCUCAGAGCGAUGGGGAGAACGCGCCCACUAGGCCAGAGGAGCAGCAAAGCGAUCCCCUGCCGACGCUCCCGCAGCGCUGGGGCCAGUUCACACUUGAAGUGGGGGUCAGGAGUGGCGCCCGCGCACUGGAAGAGGCACGUGGUCACCACGUUGUCGAGGCGCCCGCGGUGGUGGUGGGGACACGCAGACUCUGUGUCAGCCUGCCUCCUUCUGGGGACCCGCUACACUGUGGCCACGGCGCUCCCUGGCGGGGGCGCUAAGUAGAGGCAGCCGGGCAGAGUCCGUUGCGCAGUAGCGAAUUGGACACGACUCCGCGCGCUCAGCAGUCCGAGGAUCCGGCUGGCCGCAGACACCGACUAAUCGUCGGUGCCAGCCAGUGAUUCGCAGCCCGGCUUCUGCACGAGUCCCUGCUGCUGAGGCGGCCGCCGCCGCCUCCUCCCCCCGCACCCAGGCCGCUUGCAAAUGGAUUCGUCUCCCGAGGCGGACUUUCAGCGCUGCCUGCUGUGCCAGAAGCUGUACGGCCCGACCUGCCGCCUGCAGGCUCUGCCCUGCUUGCACCCCGUCUGCUGCCAGUGCCUGGAAGCGCAGCGCCUGCCCGCGGCCGCCUUCCCCGCGCCCGAGCUGCGUUGCCCCAUCUGCGAGCAGAAGGCCACGCUCUCAGAGCCCUGGGGCAUGGACGAGCUGCCCUCCUCCAGCUUCCUCCUCGGCAACCUGCAGGACGUGGUGGGGGCCGCCGCUGAGGAGCAGCACCACAGCGGCCGGGGCCCCACUCCUCCCCCGCGCCAGCAACAGCAGCAGCACCGCUGGUCCAGCAGCGGCUUGUCCCCCGCCGCCGCAUCUGCAGCCGCCCCGGCCCCGGUCCCGGCCCCGCUGCUGCCCCGGUGGCCGUACAGCCGGCAUGGCGAGCCCCCCUGCAGCUCCUGGAACGAGCACAACGCUGCCAGCUUCGGCUGCCUGGACUUCCCGGAGCUCCUGGGCGACAGCGGCGUGCGGGCUCCCCGGCGUGUCAGCCUCACCAUGGACCAUUUCAUCGAGCGCUUGGGCCGGGCGCCCGACCCCGAGCCGGGCGCCCAGCCAGCCCCGGCCCCCGCCUCCGCCUCCGCCUCCGCCGCCGCCUCCGCGCGCGACGGCAUCUUCGCCUUCUUCCUGGACCGGGCCAGCCACUGCCGGCACCACGGCGACGAGGUGCUGCAUUUCUUCUGUGACACUUGUUCUGUCCCCAUCUGCUGGGAAUGCACCACGGGACCACAUGUGGGUCAUAACUUUCUGUACCUCCAAGGUGCCCUCCAGGAUUCCGGAACCCUCACCAUUCAACUGCUAGGAGAUGCUCAGCAAGGACUCCAGGCUAUUCAGCUGAGUAUUGAACAGGCCCAAGAUGUGGCAGAGGAGCUUGAGAUUAAAUCACAGGUGCUGCAGUCUGAAAUCAAAGCUAUGACAUAUCGACCUAAGAAGGCCCUGGAAAAAUGGGAGCAUGAGCUGCUAUGGAAGGUGGAAAAGAUUAAUCAAGUCAAAGCCAAGUCCCUUUACCUUCAAGUUGAAAAGUUGCGUCAGAAUCUAAACGAACUGGGCAACACUAUUAGUGCAGUUCAGCAGGUGCUAGAGGAGGGUUGUAGCACGGAUAUUCUCUUGGCUCGGGAUUGCAUGCUGGCUCAAGUGCAGGAUCUGAAGAAUGUGAGAGGCCUACAGCCGCAGGAGGAUGACACAGUCACGUUCACUCCUCCUGACCAGGCUCUGUAUACAGCCAUUAAAUCAAUGGGGUUUGUCGGCAGUGGGGCUUUUGCUUCUCUGACCAGAGCCACUGGGGAAGGUCUCAAAUGUGCACUACAGGGCAGAGUGGCCUCCUUCACAGUGACAUGCUAUGACCAUGAUGGUAACCCAUGCCUUUCAGGGGGCGAUACGAUCUCUGCAGUGGUGAUGGGUCCUGAUGGAAACCAGUUCGACACAGAUGUCCAUGAUCAGCAGAAUGGAACCUACCUGGUCAGUUACAGACCACAGCUGGAGGGAGAACAUCUAGUCUCUGUCCUGAGGUGCAACCAUCACAUAGAGAACAGUCCGUUCAAGGUCAUGGUAAAAUCUGGGCUCUGUUACAUUGACGUUGGACUACAAGGGCUUUCAUUUAUCAGUGAGGAAAACAAAGGAGGCGCCUCCCUCCCGCCCCUCCAGCACAAUGGGUUGCCUGGAAGAAUCAAACUGGCAGCUUCACAUUUCCUUGAUCAUGCUACUCUCCAUGCACAUGAAGGGUGCCUUGGCUGGACCAGUUGUUGAUCCACAUGUAACAGCAGUUUGGGAAGAAUGUCAUCCUGAAAUGCAUAAUUGAAAUAAAAGGAACAAUAACACAAAUCUCAUGGGAGAAGAUGCAUGGUAAAAGUAAACAGACCAUUACUGUUCUUCAUCCUGAAUAUGGGUUGCUGUUCGAGGACAAUACCAAGGAAGAGUGUCACUUAAGAACUACUCACUUACUGAUUCAACUAUCAUCCUAACAAUAUAAGCUUCUCUGAUUAGGAGAAUAUGUAUGCAAAGCAGUUACAUUCUCACUAGGAGAUACUCAGUCAUCAGCAACUGUAACUGUAUUGGGUAUGUUUGCAUCUUAAUUUUAUAUUUGAUUAUUUUACCCCCCGAAACCUCCACAAAAAGCUAAAUAAACUUCAUAGGACUUGGCUCCAUGGAGACAUCGUAUGUGGCAAGCUGAGGUCUGAAUCUACAGCACAAUAUCUUGCCACAUAAUGAUUGCCCAUAUUUAUCUUCCUACUGUGGACUGAAAGUUCAGUAGUGGGGUUUGACAAAUGUUUCAAAUAUUGUUAGCGGGCUCCAGCUUCGUAGAGAAGUGAUCGAAUUUCUUAAUGCUGUGACUUACAGAAGUAUAUAACUUAUUCUUCUGUCUCAAGUUUAUUUUAACAAUCCUCUUAGCUGACUUGGAAGACAACACAGAGCAGGUGUUGUAAUGCAGUAUUAGUUGGUUUGUGACUUUUUUUUGUCAUUGUGGCCACAUCCAUGAGAGGACUACAAGCCUUUUGAUUUAAAGUCAUUCCUAGUGAUUUGGGGAGAACUUACAUAUUUUAAAUCAGAAGAUCCAGGCACUCUGUCAAAUCAUCCAAAAGCUGAGAAUAGUGGAAGAAGGAGAAAAUAAACAUUAAGUGAUGGAAUGAUAUACUGGACAGUGCUUGCUGAGUGAAGAGAUUCUUUGUUGGGUCACAAUAGGCUGAGAUGAAAUUGUUGCUACUUCAAAUAUUGGACAAAUAUGUGCUAAAAUAGUGCAAUUAAUUAAAAAAUAAACUUUCACACUCUAGUAUGUUUAAAAUAAACUGCACAUGAAUGGGAAAAAUUUCAAGCAUUUUUAUGUAUAAGCUUUCUUCUCAAAUUUUAGAAACAGUUCAAGUAAAGGCAAAAAACAACUUAACAAAGCUUGUUCUGAAAUUUUGAAUAAAUAAUUUAGCUCUUGACUUAAAUGGAAAAAUCAAUAUGUAAUUUAAAGGAGCUCUGUUCAGGAUGUUUCGGGUGUAUUGAUCUGAUGAGAUACUAAAUGACUACAGAAAGGCUUUUGAUGGUGAAAUAAGUUAAUUGCUGCGUACUGUUUUAAAAAGAAAUGUAAUGGCUCAUUAAAAGAUUAGGGCGGGUAGUCCAGCAAAUAUGAAGCAAUUCAUUUUUUCCAAAAAAUUGGAUAUUUAAGAUGGUUGAAGUAAAAGCUUAACUGGGGCCUUAUCUUACUAAUCCAUAUUCUUAUGUUUUUUCUUUGAUAUUAAUGUCAAUAACAGUGGUUAAAAUGAGUUUAGUUUGGUUAUAAAUUAGUGAUUUUAGCUAAAACGCUAGAGACUAGAGAUACAGGCAGGAAGAAAAAAGUGUGGACAAACCCUCACCAAUCGGAGGUGAAAUGAUGCAUUGUUUCCAUUCUGUACGUAAUUUUGCUCUUGGCUGUAACAGCUUUUUUUGUAAAAAAGAGCAGCUGUAUUUAAGCAAAAUAAAAAGAUUUGAUGAUGGAGAAAUUCCUGAAAAUAGCAGAAUAAUAUAUCACCAUUAAACAUUUUACGCAAUAAUAUUAGUUUUAAUACACAGGGACAUGUUUGGUGCGGCAAUGACAGUAACGAGAAUGAAUUUUUUUGAGUUGAUAUUUGUCUCCUAGUUACUCUAGCACAGUAAGUCCUAGAACUGCUUCUGUGAAAUAUGGACUAUUAUUUUCUUUGAGGGAUGCUACUUUCUACAACUUGGAUUUGAAGCAACAAGUUUCUAGUUCCUCAGUUACUUUUCUUCCUUAAAGAAUUAAUUUAAGAGGCUGAAUGAGUAAAGUGUUCCAGGUUAAGUACGGCACAAAAGAAUUGUUUGUCAACUGUAGAGCUCUGUGGGUAAGGGCACCUUGAAAAAUAGUUGGAUACAAAUAAAUUCUUUGUCAUAAGGGCAAUCAGGAAGGCCUCUGUCCUGCAGACUGUCAUUGUAAGGACAGAGAAGGCCAUAAUUGUGGCUUAGAUGGUGCAUUGUGGAAUACCCAUGAAACAGAUGUUGUGUAGGUAGAAAGUCUCCAGGACUAUAGUAACAUGAAGAACAGUACACAUUUUGAGUUUAGACCUGACACAGGUCAUGCUACAUUUUGACUUUAACGUGUUGUCAUAAACAGAUAGUUAAGGGUUAAUGUCUCUUUUACCUGUAA